UGGAAUGACAUGAGUGCACAUUUAUACUAGGACAUGGCAAGGCAUGAGUUCACAUUUAUACUAGGACAUGGGCAGGGGCGGACAGACAACUCAUGGGGCCCCCGGGCAAUUGGGGAUCAUGGGGCCCCUGUGUUCUUGCCCACACUCAAAACACACCCACAAAAGCCUAUAAAAGGUACCAGGGGCAUUUCAUGGGGCCCCCUACUGACCCCGGGCCCUCGGGCAGUGCCCGAGUGCUCGAAU